AUGGGAUCUUUCCCCCUCCUGUCUUGUUGCGAGACUCUGAACUCAUCCUACUUCGCUGACUUUCGAAAGCUCUUCGUCCUGUUGGCACUGACGCAGCCCUCGAUUCAACCUCGAUCAACCCCACCAAACUUCGACCGCGGCGGCCGAUGUGCCCGUCUGCCUAGUCGAAAUGCCCGAAGUAAAAAGAUUCGCUGUGACGGCGUGCGACCAUGCUGUACCCAAUGCGCCAAUGUUGGGUUCGAGUGCAAAACGAGUGAUAAACUGAGCCGCCGCGCGUUCCCGCGUGGCUAUACCGAGUCCUUGGAGGAACGUGUACGAUCCCUCGAAACCGAGGUCAAGGAUCUGAAGGAUCUCCUGGACGAAAAGGAUGAGAAGAUCGAUGUUCUCUCGCGGAUUCACUCAUUUUCGUCGCCUUCUCAACGAGCCAUGUCUUCACGGUCUCCAUCGGCGCCUUCUUCUAUUAAACCUCCUGGCUUGGAUGCGGCGGAGGGAGUUGUCCACGUCGAGCGAUCGCAUACUCAAAAAUCAUCCGAUAACCCUUACACAGCCCUCUCGAGCACUCAAGGAUUUGCUGGUAUUUUCACCGACAGGCUUGUCAGUCAGGGUAAAUCAGUGUCGCGAAUUCCAAUUAAAGCACUGACCAGACUGUCUGCCCCCGUGGCUCGCGGUUCUCCCCACCAGGUCCUGAAGACACCUCCGCGGCUGGUUUCGGACCAGCUCAUUAAUAUCUUCUUUCAGGAGUGGGCUCCGUUGUACCCGGUGGUGCAUCGCCCAACGAUCUUGAAAGCUUAUGAACAAUUUUUAAAUAACACUGAUUCGCUGAAAAAAGAUGUUCAUGCAAUGGCACAGUUGAAUAUGAUCUUCGGUAUUGCUGCAUUGUCGUCAAAUUCGAGGACCAACCAGGAUCCCACCUUUUUUGAGGAGAACUGGACCGUUGCUCUCGAUUCAUUUGUAAGCGACACUACUGUCGCUAGUCUGCAGUGCUUUGUUCUGGCCCAGAUCUACUGCAUGACCAAAGCCGAUUACCGCAGCUUGCUUCGCUAUCGCGCUCUUGGUGUGGACAUCUGCCACCAGUUGGGUCUUCACCAGAACAUGGAUGAUACUUCAUUGAACCCGUUGGAGGGAGAAACCCGUAAGAAGGUCUUCUGGUGCCAAUACGUAUUGGAUCGGUUCUCUUCUGCCUUGACGGGAAUGCCUUCUCUUUUGCACGAGGACGACGUUCAGACUGAGUAUCCUAUUGAUGUGGAUGACGAGAAUGUCACCGAGACCGGUUUCUUACCCACUCUCCCUGGUGAAUCCACUCGCAUCUCCAGUGCUCUUGCCCUGUUCUCGGUCUCGAGGAUUCUGAAUAAGGUUUUGAAUGACUUGUUUCCUGCAAAGUCAGCCUACGACGUCUAUGUUUCAAAAUUGCAUGUGCUGACAGGUCAGCUGGAUGACUGGCUGUCAUCAUUGGCCCCGCAUCUUCGUCUUGAGUUCUCUCAGGACAAGCCCAGUACAAAUGUUAUAAGCAGCCGGUCGCCACUUCUGUCUCUUGUCUAUUAUUUCAUUCGGUCUCUGAUUCAUCGUCCCGCUGUGUGCUUCGCUGAAGGUAAUCUUCGCUCCCCAUCCGUUCUCGCGCUCUCUGAUUCUUCAAAGCACAUUGUGCAGAUUCUCGAGCUAUUGGAUGAACGGCGACUUUGCCUUUCCUUCAGCAUCAACCGAAAGGAAUUGGUCUUUUCUGCUGGUCUUGGACUUUUGUGGCAAACGUUGGGUCUGAAGCGGGACAGCAAGCUAGCCAAGGAGAGUCAGAAGCUUCUUACUACUGUCAAGGUGCAGCUUGGGCAAAGUUCCUCGACGGCAGCGACCGAAUUUGGAAUCUUGGCCGGAGCUCUAGUUUCCCUGGAUAACAUGAACCAGAGUGCCAUCACCGGUAGUGAAUCGCAGGCAAUGAUGGCCCCAACCCACAAGCCUACUUCGUCUCCAAAGAAACAUCUGCAGUUCUUGAAGUCUCGCCUCACCGGUGCUUUCGGGGAUCAAUCCCCGAAGCAAACUUCUUCACCCUCCCGCCGCAACACCAUCUCUGGUGGUACUCCUCCGACUGCUCAGUCACUUCGGUCUCCCAGCUGGACGAGUCUUCCUUCAUCGCAGCCGGAUCAAUUUGUAGGUCACCAAUACCAUGCCGACCGAGGGCAUUCGUCGCUGGACCUUGGUCCAACUCCCCGGACGAUGUCUUCAUCUAUUGGAUACGAUUAUCCACGCGCCAUGUCGAGCUCUACUCCGUCUGACCAUCAAAACGGGGCCAUCACGAUGGCUGACUGGGAGUACGUCCUAAGCGACAUGGACCGAGGAUAUUCGAACAUCUUCACCGGGAUCUACGGUGGAAAGGAGUGCGGUGAGGACCCCGGUCCAUUUGCCUCUAUCACAGCCGAGUACAAUCGCGACAGCAAGCAGCUCAAUGAUGCGUCACACGUGGUACCGGUUCCUCCUGACAUGAAUGAUCUAUCCCCUGAGGCUUGGUCCGCGAGUAGUGGGGAAUUUGCCACAACACAGGAGCCCCCACAGAGUGUUCUUAGCUAUUCCGGCGAGAGCAUGGGCAGUGCCGACGACAACAUGAAUCCGUACUCGGACCUCUCGGUUCGUCCUGACGAUAUGAAUUUCAUUGAUCCAUUUCACGCAAUUUCAAUGCCUCUCAAGGAAGACAAUGAUGAAUUCAGUUUGGUUCAUGGCUGGGACCGACGGCUGGCCGUCUGA